AUGCCUCCAAUCAUGUUGGGCGGCAAAAAUGGAUCGCGAUUGAGUCCAAUCUUGAUCUUUUGUUUGUUUUGCUUUGGUUUUUUAUUCUUCGUUCGUCCUCAUUUGAACGGAAUAGUAAACGGAGCAAGAGAUCAUUCAAGACAAUGGGUCUCAACCAAUCAAUCGAUCGCCAAACCAUCAUCCGCUUCUCAACCACCCCUUUCAUUCGAUUGGGCUUCCGAUGUUAGCGUUGUGUAUACUUGGGUAAACGGUUCAGUUCCUGAACAAGCUCGUUUACGCAAACAAUACGGCGGUCCAAGUAUCAGUGGAAGAUUUCGUGAUAACGAAGAUUUACGAUUUUCCAUGCGAACUUGGAUCAAUAACGCUCCUUGGCAUACGGGUAAAAUAUACAUCGUUUCGCCAACUCCACCUGAUUGGCUUGAUUUGACACAUCCAAGAGUUGAAUGGGUGGAUCAAAAUACCAUCAUUCCAACCAAAUAUCAACCAGCCUUCACUUCUAACAUUAUCGAACAAUACCUUUAUCGCAUUCCAGGCUUGACCGAACGAUUCAUUCACUUAAACGAUGAUUAUAUGAUCGAUCGUAAGAUAUCACCGUCGGAUUUAUUCACAGCUGAAGGAGGAGCACGAUUCUUCUACAGCCGAACAAACGUGAACGAUGAUCCAAGACCAAGGACAGGUAUCUGGUUCCGAAGCUUGUUGAACACGGUUGAUGCCAUCGAAAGGGCAUAUGGAACGGAUAAAGGUCAAACACGAUUCUUGAAACAUGCUCCGUAUGUUUACUACAAAUCAGCAAUGGAAGGCGUUCAUCGACGUUUCAAAGAUGUCUUGGAGGUAACCAAUCAUCAUAAAUUUAGACAUGAACAGGAUGUUCUAUUGCCUUAUUUGCAUCAUGCCUACGUCAUCAAUGAAGGAUCAAGAUGCUGUUCUCUAAAAUACGAUGUCGUCAAUUGGAAAAAGACUGCAAAAGAUUCCACUUUGUUGAUCUGGACAGAGGAUGUAGAGAAUAAUGUGUAUAGCAUCGAAAACAUCGGAAAGCCAUUAUUCCUUACCAUCAACGAUUCUAUGGGACGUGGAAAUCCGGUUGCAGCCGAAUUACAGAUCAGGCAAUUCUAUCAAUCUCGGUAUGGACACCUUCGAUCACCAUACGAGAAGGAGCAUUUACGGAUCUAA